AUUAAUGGGUGUAUAGAUUUCCAGGGGGUGAAUUUAUAUCUAUAUCUAUCAUUCAGUUUCUAUAUCUAUGUAUAUACAUAUUUGCGUGUCGUUUUUGUUUAUGUAGCUUUCAAAUAAGUGAUGAGAUGGGUAUAUCUGUUGUUUCCUUUUGUCAUCAAAAGCUGGUUUUGACAGCGACAUAGAUGAAGCUGCUCUCAUGCUCAUGCCUUCUCUAAAUACACAUCCUUUCUGCUCAUUAUAUUUACAACAACUCCAUCUACCGAAGCUUUUGUCAUCUACUUUAUUCUACUAGGGUUCCUUUCUUUUUACUAUGGAGUCUUCCAAAAUCUAUGGAGGCAUCGAGGAAUGCCACAGUAGUGAAUCAGGGUGGACAAUGUACAUUGGUUCCCCCAUACACGGCGGCGACGACAGCGGCGAUGGACACAGUGAAAAAGCUGAUGAUGAAGGUGUUUAUGGUGUCGAUAACCAUGCUGAUGAACAAGCUGACAGUGAUGAUUCAAUGGCGUCUGAUGCUUCUUCAGGUCCAAGCCAUAAAGGCCACCGUGGAACGACGACGUUAUAUUUCAAGCAUGAUGAAGAAGAAGAAGAAGAAGAAGAAGAUGAGGAUGAAAGGAAUUUCUUUUCGGGCAAGAAAGAUAGGAAAUCAAAGGAGAAGAAGCAUAAGGUUGGGUUAAUGAAAAACAAACAGAAGAAACAAGUGCCGUUGAAGACCAAAACCAGCUUUAUAUGAUACUUGUCGACUGGUUACAAGGUAAGACAAAGCAUCUGGCUUUUGUUCCAAAUUCUUUUCCCCCAUGCAUUUUCGCUGGUUUUUCAGGCAAAAAUGUUUUAUCAGAAUUCAGCGUAACAACUUGGGUAUAUAUGUAUAUGUUUUGUGGUAUUAUGAAAACUCUGAUGUAAGAGUUGAAUCAAGAAUUAUAAGCUUCCAUUUAUGUGAAAUUUAUAUCCUUCUCGAAUA